AGAUUGCGUUUGAAUAAAAAUAAAUAAAAAAGACGUGUGUGCGACAGGGAUUUGUCGAAAAGCAAUUGAAGUUUUUAAAUUCAUCAACUAAUUAAUGACUUCUAACUAUUUGAAAAAAAAAUUGUUUUCUGAAUAAUCUGUGAAAAAUCAUUUAAUAAUUGCUGCAGUUUUUUGCUAUCACUUUACAACGAAGAUAAUCAUCAAGGUGAUAUGAACGAUCUUGUGGAAUUCCUAUCGAAAAUAAAUAUGCUUUGAACACUUUCAAUUUGAAGUUAAUAAAUAAACUCUAGAAAAUGUCUUCAAUACAUUACAAGUUUCGUAGCAAUUUGGAGUAUAACACGAUUACAUUUGAUAGUCAAGCCGUAUCUUUAAAUGACUUAAGAGACGCAAUAAUGUUACAGAAAAAAAUUGCUAAGUCUCCUGAUUAUACCCUGGAAAUUACAAAUGCGCAAACAAAAGAAGUCUACAAUGAUGAUGAUGCUUUGAUUCCCAAAAAUUCUUCUGUUAUUGUAAAACGUGUUCCUAUUCAAAGACUUGCUGCUGUAACGGAUAAAUCUUUAUCAAAGGAGGAAGAAGAACUCACUGAAAUGGCUUUUGCUCAAUUAAGCAAGACAGCUGAUCUAGCUGGAGCACGAGCAUCAGAAGAUGAUAAAAUAUUAGCUAUGAUGAGUCAAUCUGGCUUGGAUUUUGACCCAUCUACAUAUUUAAAACGUGCACCACCAAAUUAUGUGUGUUUUCGAUGUGGUGGAAAAGGUCAUUUUAUAAGAAACUGUCCAACUCAAGGAGAUGCAAGAUACAAUAAGAUGCAAAUAACUCGCCAGCCUUCAGGGAUUCCCAGGGAAUACUAUCUUAUGAAAAUGAAGCAAGAGGAAGAUCUUAUAGCUAGCCUACGUGCAAUGCAAGAUGAAAAUAGUCGUUUCUCUCCUGUUGUAGGGAGUGAUAUUGUUGACCAUUCAAAAGUCCCAUCAGAGUUGCAGUGUCCAAUGUGCAAGAAACUAUUCACUGAUGUAGUUGUCACUCCUUGUUGUGGGGAAAGUUAUUGUGAUGAAUGCAUUCGUACUUACUUGGUUGAAAAUGACAUCAUCUGUAAAUGCGGUGAAACAACUUCUCCAGAUAAUCUGAUCGCUAACAAAUCACUAAGAAUAUCUGUAAAUAACUUUCGGAAUCAAAAGAAAGAACUAAAAAGUGUACCAAGUUCAGUAGCAGUUAGUCAACCUGUUAUUAGUCAUGUUAUGUUGCCGAAUUCUACAGAAUCAGUAGUUGACUUUUCAACUACUGAAAGUUCAGGAAUAUUUACUAACGGUAAUGAAGCUCCCAAUAUUCAAGUUACUGAGGCAACAGUGAUGAAUUCUCCAAAAAAAUUUCAAUCAGAACAGCAACCAAUAGUUGGUCCAAAUGUUGUAAGUCAUGUUGAAAUGCCGCAAAUGAUUGCAUCUAUUCCUCAACAUAUUUUAUCUGGUUCACAGGCACUCUUUCCUUCUGUUCCAGGAGCUAUUUAUUCUCAAUCUGGGUAUGUCUUGCCUCAAACACGAAUGCUACCAGGUGUUGUUGGGUUAAGUAUUCCACCAGGUGCUACUAUUAUUAAGCGACUUGUACCAGUACCAGUUGGUCCAAGAAUAGGAAUUCCGACUCAAACCGUUUUGCCACCUCAGUUUGUUACACACCAGCCACUAAACCAUCUUAACCAAGGAAUGAUGGCUCGUAUUUCACUUGCUCAGAAAUCUAAAGAGUUGUUAAAAGAGCCUGAAUCGCCAAUGCCUUUAACAGAAGAUGAAUUUUAUAUGUGGCAAAGCAAAAUUAAAAAACAUGAUCCUCGUUCUAGACAUCGGCACCGUAGUUCUUCUCGUGAUCGUUACAGAAGUCGCAGUCGUAGUCCUUACUACAGAAAUCAUAGUGUUUCACCAGUCGGUUCUAGCCAAGAGUAUAAGAAGAAAAGUAAAACAAAAAGACGCCGUCGUGAAUCUUCCCAAGAAAGUGGUGGCGAAUCUAGUAGUGUAAAGCAUAAAUCACGCUCUGAAAAAAGACUUCCAAAAACUGAUUUAAAAAGAUUUGUUCCAGAUCACAUAAAACGUGAGCUAGAUGAAUUUGAAUUUGAUAAUGAAGUAGAAUUUGAUGAAGAAAUGCUUAGUUUAAAGAAAAAAAAAGGUAAGGUAAAAAAUAAUGAACAUUCAGUUAAAAAUACUAAAGAUUCCUCACCAACUUCAGUUUUGAAAUCUUUUUCUGAAGGGGAUAGUAAUCUUACUAAAGCAUCAGAUGAUUUUAAUGUUGAAUCUGCUGAAAAUAAGACAUUAACAAGUAGUGUUGUAAAUAAGGCAGCGCAAGAAAAUUUAAGAAUUCCAGUUGUUGGCGAAACUAUUGCACCAAAGCGAAAAACAAGAAUAGUUAAAAAGAAAAUUAUUCGUGUCAUUAAAAAAAAAGUUCCUAGGAAAAAAGUUCCUUUAUGUCCUGAUAGCUCUGAGCAACUUACAAAUUUAUUAGAAGUAAAUGAUUCAAUUAGUAAUGAAGUUUUAGGGAAAGAUGUUUCUAUCAAUGGAGAACCACUACCAAAAGUAGAACUUGAUAAAAUUGUACUUGUGUCAGAGGAUAAAAAUAAAAAUUUGGAUGAAGUGAUCAGCAUAGCAGAACAAACAGCUAAACCUGGUGUUUUAGUAGAUAAAAAAAUAGAUGACAAAAACGCUCAGAGUUUCAACAUCUGUAAAGAUGAUAAGCUAUUACAUAUAAAUAUUGACAGUUCAGAAAUGCCAGAAAAUAGUCGAUGGCAAAUUGAAGAAACAAUUAGUAAUAAAAAAUUAAAACUUUCUACUUCUCCUACAAAUAAAACAUCAGUGAUUUCUGUAGUAUCAAGCAGAAAACCAAGUCAAAAGUUUGCUGAAAGUGAUGUUGCUCAAAAAAGAAAAUUUUCUCAGAGUGAUAAUAAAAAUAUUAAAAAAAGAGUAGUAUUGUUAAAAAGUACCCAAUCAAAAGCUGAAGAGGUUGCAGCAGAAGUUCUCGCUAAAAAAGAAGCAGAAAAACUAGCUUUAGCCCAACAAGUAAAAAAGGCAUGUGCCUCUUUUCGUAAAGAGCAAUCCUUGACUAGUGACAUAGAGGAGGAUGGACUAAGGCGAAAACGUGAGCGUCGUGAGAAAUAUCUUCUUGUUAAAGAAAAAAGGUUAGCUAAAGAACGUCAAUAUUUAGAACAACUUAAAGCAGCUAAGAAAGAUCCGCAAAAGGAAAAAAAAGCACAUAUUUCAGGUGAAAGUAGUAGUGAUGAUGAUGGAAAAAUUGAAAAACGUCCGGAUCAAGAAUUUUACAAACCUGGAGAGAAAUUAAAAAGUAUUAGUGAAAUGUCAAAAAAACGUUUACAGCAAGAAGACCAAAUGAAGUCAAAUACUAGAAUGGAUCAAAAUGAAAGUGAUGUGUUAAAGUCAAAAAUAUCAAGUUUGACCGUUAUCACUGCUAAAAAAAUAAAUGACAGAGCUUCUGAUGAUGAAACAAUAAUCAGCAAUGAAACUAAAGAUUCUCGCAGGGUUGUUUGUAUAGAAAGCAACAAACGGCUGUUAUCUUCUGAGGUUGCUCUGCCUAGUGAAGCAAAAUUAAAGAGUUGUUUGCAGGGUGAUUCUAUUCGUCCAUUACGGGAUGAACCAUUAACUGAAAAAAGACUUAAACAAGAUACAGAUAGAGAGAAACGUCGACAUAUACGUUGUGAGACUCGCAAUGAUGUCAGUGACUAUCAAAGAAGUUUAAAGACUGAUCAAACUCGGCGUGAAAAAUCUAAAAAUGAAAGAAAUGAUAUGUCGCGUGUUCAGGAAUUAGAAAGAGAAAGGCGGUUAGCAGUACUUGAGAAAGAACAACUUGAAAGAAAGUUAAAAAAAGAACGCAAACUCAGAGAAAUCAUGGAAAGAGAAAAAUUACAAGCUGAAUUAGUGAAUAAGGCAAGUUCUUUGAAUGCAGAAAACAAAAGCAAAAAUAUAUCUGUUGAAAACUUUGAAAAUAAUUCUGAAGCAGAAGAUUCCACUGACAGUGAAAUAGAAAAAAAAUCUAAUAAAAAAAAAUCAAAGAAGAUAAAAGAAAGAAAACGAAAACGAAAGCGAGAAAUGCAAGAAAACUCUGAAUCAGAAGACAGUGAAGAAUCUAGUGUUUAUAGCAGUGAAGAUGAUCGUAAGAAGAGAAGGAAAAAAAGAAAACACAAGAGUAAACAUAAAAAACACAGAAAGAGUAAAAAGCAUAAGAAGAAAACCAAGAAAAAGAAAUUCAGAAAAGAUUCAACUGAUAAGGAAGAAAGUAACGAUGAAUCAAACAAUGCUGAAAAAGCAGUUGUUGAGAAAGCGUCUUCAGACGAAGAAUUAUCUUCAUCGACUGAUAUCAAUCAAAAACAUUCAGAUUCAGAUAGUGAAAAAUCAAGUUCAUCUUCUGGCUGUGAAAGUAAAAAAACAACCUCUCCUUUAAUUAAUUCAAAUGCUAUUUCUAGUGAAAAAUCUAGUUCAUCUAGCUGUGAAAAAAUAUCUUCUCCUUUAAUUACUUCAAAUUGUUUGGAUUCAAAAUCAAGUUUGGAAUCGAUAAAAGACCGUAUUACGCCAAUAUCUUCAUUAUGAUAUAGUUUAACAUCUUCGGAAAAAGUAUAAUAGUCUUUUUUAUUAUGAUCCGGUUGUAACUUUAAUUUACUUAGAUGUUAUGCUAGUCAUGCUAUAUAUGUGUAUUAACACCGGAAUAUUUUUUAUCAAAGACGGUAAAGUUGGUAAUUGUCACACUAGAGUUAGUGACGUGCGAUGAACAACGUUUUGAAGAAAAUUUUUAAUAAAAAGCUCUUAUUUUUAAUAUUAAGUGGUUCUAUUCCUUUAA